GCUGCGGGGCCGCCGCCGCCGCCGCCUUUGCAGGCUGAGUCAUCACUAGAGAGUGGGAAGGGCAGCAGCAGCAGAGAAUCCAAACCCUAAAGCUGAUAUCACAAAGUACCGUUUCUCCAAGUUGGGGGCUCAGAGGGGAGUCAUCAUGAGCGAUGUUACCAUUGUGAAAGAAGGUUGGGUUCAGAAGAGGGGAGAAUAUAUAAAAAACUGGAGGCCAAGAUAUUUCCUUUUGAAGACAGAUGGCUCAUUCAUAGGAUAUAAAGAGAAACCUCAAGAUGUGGAUUUACCGUAUCCCCUCAACAACUUUUCAGUGGCAAAAUGCCAGUUAAUGAAAACAGAACGACCAAAGCCAAACACAUUUAUAAUCAGAUGUCUCCAGUGGACCACUGUUAUAGAAAGAACAUUUCAUGUAGAUACUCCAGAGGAAAGGGAAGAAUGGACAGAAGCUAUCCAGGCCGUAGCAGACAGACUACAGAGGCAAGAAGAGGAGAGAAUGAAUUGUAGUCCAACUUCACAAAUUGAUAACAUAGGGGAAGAAGAGAUGGAUGCUUCUACAACCCAUCAUAAAAGAAAGACAAUGAAUGAUUUUGACUAUUUGAAACUACUAGGUAAAGGCACUUUUGGGAAAGUCAUUUUGGUUCGAGAGAAGGCAAGUGGAAAAUACUAUGCUAUGAAGAUCCUGAAGAAAGAAGUCAUUAUUGCAAAGGAUGAAGUGGCACACACGCUAACUGAAAGCAGAGUAUUAAAGAACACUAGACAUCCCUUUUUAACAUCCUUGAAAUAUUCCUUCCAGACAAAAGACCGUUUGUGUUUUGUGAUGGAAUAUGUUAAUGGGGGCGAGCUGUUUUUCCAUUUGUCGAGAGAGCGGGUGUUCUCUGAGGACCGCACACGUUUCUAUGGUGCAGAAAUUGUCUCUGCCUUGGACUAUCUACAUUCCGGAAAGAUUGUUUACCGUGAUCUCAAGUUGGAGAAUCUAAUGCUGGAUAAAGAUGGCCACAUAAAAAUUACAGAUUUUGGACUUUGCAAAGAAGGGAUCACAGAUGCAGCCACCAUGAAGACAUUCUGUGGGACACCAGAAUAUCUGGCACCAGAGGUGUUAGAAGAUAAUGACUAUGGCCGAGCAGUAGACUGGUGGGGCCUCGGGGUUGUCAUGUAUGAAAUGAUGUGUGGGAGGUUACCUUUCUACAACCAGGACCACGAGAAACUUUUCGAACUCAUAUUAAUGGAAGACAUUAAAUUUCCUCGAACACUCUCUUCAGAUGCAAAAUCAUUGCUUUCAGGGCUCUUGAUAAAGGAUCCAAAUAAACGCCUUGGUGGAGGACCAGAUGAUGCGAAAGAAAUUAUGAGACACAGUUUCUUUUCUGGAGUAAACUGGCAAGAUGUCUAUGAUAAAAAGCUUGUACCUCCUUUUAAACCUCAAGUAACAUCUGAGACAGAUACUAGAUAUUUUGAUGAGGAAUUUACAGCUCAGACUAUUACAAUAACACCACCUGAAAAAUAUGAUGAGGAUGGUAUGGACUGCAUGGACAAUGAGAGGCGGCCGCAUUUCCCUCAAUUUUCCUACUCUGCAAGUGGACGAGAAUAAGUCUCUUUCAUUCUGCUACUUCACUGUCAUCUUAGAUUUAUUACUGAAAAUGAUUCCUGGACAUCACCAGUCCUAGCUCUUACAGAUAGCAGGGGCACCUUCCGACAUCCCAGACCAGCCAAGGGUCUUCACCCCUCGCCACCUUUCACCCUCAUGAAAACAUACAUAUGCGCAAACACACUCCAAUUUUUGUUUUUGCAUGAAAUUGUAUCUCAGUCUAAGGUCUCAUGCUGUUGCUGCUACUGUCUUACUAUUAGAGCAACUUUAAGAAGUAAUUUUACAACCUUUGGAAGUCAUGAGCCCACCAUUGUUCAUUUGUGCACCAAUUGUCAUCUUUUGAUCUUUUAGUUUUUCCCUCAGUGAAGGCUAAAUGAGAUACACUGAUUCUAGGUACAUUUUUUAACUUUCUAGAACAUAAAAAACUAACUAGACUAAGAAGAUUUUAGUUUAUAAAUUCAGAACAAGCAAUUGUUGAAGGGUGGUGACGUGCAUAUGUAAAGCACAUCAGAUCCAUGUGUGAAGUAGGCAUAUAUUACUAAGCUGUGGCUGGAAUUUAUUAGGAAGCAUUUGAGAGAAGGACUGAACAACUG